CUGAGGCCUGAGCUCACUGCCAGUGUGGGAGGACAAAGGCCGGCAGAAAAAGGGUUAAGCCUGGCCUUCUCGGAGGGAGGCCUCCAGCGGAGGGAGGCUGCCCAGUCCAGAGCCCAUGGGCGGCCCAGCCCCAGAGCCCGCAGAUAUAAAGGCUGCUCCCGGCUGCAGCCGCGAAGCUUCGGCUGGCUUCCGUGAGGACCACAGGCACCUCCGCUUCCACGGCCCCAGCCUUCCUCCUGCGUGUGGCCAGCGGCCAGCGGCCGUGAGCACAGUACCUGGGCUGGCCAGGAGCCCUUGCAGGACAGGGAGGUCUGCUCAGAGGGGCACGGGCGGGGCGCCGGCUGCGGCACAGACAGUAGUUUUCCUAAGAUCUCCAACCCGUCUCCACGUUACUUCACAAGCCAGCCACUGGACCGUCAGAGGCUCCUGGGUGAGGCUGACUCACUGUCCGUCCGCAGCAGCGAGCCCUUGGGGGAGCGUCUGUUUCUCUGCCUCGGCUCAGCAGCACUUGUCCUCCCAGAAGACACACCUGCGGGGAGCCCUUCUGCACCCACAGUGCACCUGCCUGCAGCAUGACGGGUGGAGGACGCCCUGCGCCCCUCUGCGCCCAGGUGCCUGCAGGAGCGGGUCGUGCAGACCCCGGCCGCCAGCUCCUGCUGACGGGCUCCGAGUGAGCAACGCCCGGCUCGCUUCUGAGGACAGCACCUUUCUUUCUCAAGGUGCAUGUGCUGCUUGAGACGGGUUUCCGAGAGCCUCGCGGCAGAGCCUGAAGGCCGCCCGUGGUGGAGGCGUGGGCAUGACCUCCCGAGCGCCUGUCGCCGGCAUGGAGACCCACCCCGGAGCCUACAUCGGCGCCCCCAUGGCGCUCAACCUGUCCCGCGUGCUGGCCGGCAGGGCCCUAGCCAACCAGACGGGCGAGCUGGCGGCGCAGCCGCACCCGCAGUACGCCAUCGGGCUCUUCCUCUCCUGCCUCUACACCGUCCUCCUCUUCCCCAUCGGCUUCCUGGGGAACAUCCUGAUCCUGGUGGUGAACCUCGGCGCCCGGGAGAGGAUGAGCGUCCCCGACCUGUACUUCACCAACCUGGCGGCGGCCGACCUCAUCCUGGUGGCCGACUCGCUGAUCGAGGUGUUCAACCUGGACGAGCAGUACUAUGACAUCGCCGUGCUCUGCACCUUCAUGUCCCUCUUCCUGCAGAUCAACAUGUACAGCAGCAUCUUCUUCCUCACCUGGAUGAGCUUCGACCGCUACCUGGCCCUGGCCCAGGCCAUGCGCUGCGGCCUCUUCCGCACCAAGCAGCACGCCCGGCUCAGCUGCGGCCUCAUCUGGAUGGCCUCGGUCUCCGCCACGCUGGUGCCCUUCACCGCUGCGCACCUGCAGCACUCCGGGGACGUCUGCUUCUGCUUCGCGGACGUCAAGGAGAUCCAGUGGCUGGAGGUCACCUUGGGCUUCAUCCUCCCCUUCGCCAUCAUCGGCCUCUGCUACUCGCUCAUCGCCCGGGUCCUCGUCAAGGCCCACAGGCGCCGGGGCCUGCGCCCGCGCCGGCAGAAGGCGCUCCGCAUGAUCGUGGCCGUGGUCCUCGUCUUCUUCAUUUGCUGGCUGCCCGAGAACGUGUUCAUCAGCGUGCACCUCCUGCAGCAGGCGCCGCCAGGCGCCGAGCCCUGCCAACAGUCUUUCCGCCAUGCCUACCCCCUCACCGGCCACAUUGUCAACCUCGCGGCUUUCUCCAACAGCUGCCUGAACCCCCUCAUCUACAGCUUCCUUGGGGAGACCUUCAGAUUCAAGCUGCGGCUGUACAUGGAGCAGAGAACAAGCGUGUCGGCCUUGAAUCGCUUUUGCCACGCGGCCCUGAAGGCCGUCCUUCCGCACCUGCAACAGCUGCUGCAGAGCUGUGCCACCACCGUGCUCCCGAUGGCAGUCACGGAUGCCACGGGCCUGGGACCCGCAUGGCCCUCUCCGCGCAGACUGUCCCACGGCAGCAGCAAGGAGGGUGCUUUGGUGGAGCGCCUUCAUGCCAGGCAGCUCGCCAGGAGCCUGCCCCUCAGGAGAUAUGGAGCCUGA